AUUUUCUUUCUUCUUCCCCCCUCUGAUUAACCCCGCUUCUUUGAUCCCUUUCUGCAAACAAUCUGUCUUUCAAGUUUUCUUUCUGGUUUGUUUUACUGAUUUUUUCAAUAUUCAUGAACAAAAAGCAAACUUAAGAGCAGGAUUUUCAGAAGGCCAGGUGUUUUCAGAUCGAGAUCUGUAUUUUAUUUUCUUAUUUUUAAUUUCUUGGCUGCUUUUUAAUUAGCCAAUCACAGGAUCUAAGAGGUUGUUUAUUUGUAGACCUCUUUUCAUCCUCAUAUUCACUUAUUUUGUUAAUAAUUUUUCACCGCCUGUUCUUUGAUUUUAUUAAGAAACGGGUAAAUUUUCUUUCUUAGAAUAUAUUUUUCAGGUUUAGCAUGGCAGCUGCAAUGGAUUUUUGGAGUAGCAGCAGUAGUAACUCAGUUGUAGAUCCCUUUAGGGGUGGUGAAUUAAUGGAAGCACUUUUACCUUUUAUGAGAAGUGCUUCCUCCACUCCUCUUUCUCUUUCUCUUUCUCCUUCUUCCAAUCUCCCUUCUAAUUCUCUUCCUUCUUCCUCCCUUUCUUCUUCUCCUUCUCCUUCUACCUCAAGUUCUUUUCCCUACAAUUCUUUCUAUUACCCAACAGAGUCAAAUUUCCAGCCCAAUUUGAAUUUGGAUGGUGGGAACUUUGUGAUUGGAUUGGAUCAAGAGCCUUGUUCGAUUGGGCUAAAUCACCUGACCCAAGACCAGAUCCAAGAAAUCCAAGCCCGGAUCAAUCUCCAAAACCAGCAACAAAUGGUCUCGGGUCCAUUUAACAGACAGGCCCACAAGAUGAGCUCCCUGGGCCCAAAGCCUGUUCAGAUGAAACAAGUGGGCUCUCCUCCUAAGCCCACCAAGCUUUACAGGGGAGUGAGGCAGCGCCACUGGGGAAAGUGGGUUGCCGAGAUCCGUCUGCCGAAGAACAGAACACGGCUUUGGCUAGGUACCUUUGAUACGGCGGAGGAGGCGGCGUUGGCCUACGACAAAGCGGCGUACAAGCUGCGUGGAGACUUUGCUAGGCUGAACUUCCCUAACCUCCGCCAUAAUGGAUCCCACAUCGGCGGUGAGUUCGGGGAGUACAAGCCACUCCAUGCCAGCGUUGAUGCCAAAUUGCAGGCCAUUUGCCAAACCCUGGCGGAGGGCAAGAGCAUCGACUCCAAGAAGUCCAAAGGAAAGUCCAAAAAAUUGGCGGCCAGCCCUGCUUCGGCGGAGGAAGGUUCCAGCAAGAAUGUUGUUGAACCCGCAUCUGAGAGUGACGGGUCGGGUGGGUCAUCACCCUUGUUGGAUCCUUCAUUCCCGGAGUUCACAGAGGAGGAUUCGCCGUGGGACAUGAAUUCAUUGGAGAAAUAUCCAUCAUAUGAAAUUGAUUGGUCUGCUUUAUAAUUCCUUGUAUUAGGAUUUUCAAUUAUGCGUAGGUAAUGUCUAUGUAAUUGUUGUGUAUUAGGGAUUUCAGCUCCAGCAAUGGAAUUUUUGGCAAUUGCAGAGCUGAGCCUUUAUUAUUAGUUUCGAGUCAGUUUGGUCGGCUGGUUUUUUACAUUGCUGGCUUAAGAGACUGAAUUUUUUUUUAUGUAUUUUCCUGUUUUGUUAUGGUAAGCUUUGUCUCAAUUAAUUCUAGUAAUCAUUUAUUUA